CUCCCAAUUUUUUUUUUAAUUUUUUUUUUUUAAAUUUCCACCACUGAACCGCGCCUUAUAUGAUGUCUGACAAUGUCCAUUUCUGGCACGCUCAGCAAUUAUUAUGUCGACUCCAUCAUAAACCACGAGAGCGAAGAUUCUCCCGCCGCUAAAUUCGCCGCCGGCCAAUUCUCGGCUCCCCGGCAGGGAGGAGAACAUCUGGAAUUCCCCUCCUGCAGUUUCCAACCCAAAACUCCGGUUUUUGGGGCUCCCUGGGGCUCCCCCGUGUACCCCGCGUACCUCCCGCAGCAGGGCGGCCCCGAGAGCCGCUUCCUGCGGGGCUGGAUCGAACCCGCCCCCGUCAAAUCCGAACCCCCCAAAACCUGCCCGGAUUUCCCUCUGGAAACUUCCAGCGGCCCCAGGCGAGGCUUCGAGGAUCAUAAAGUUUGUGAAGGAAGCGAAGACAAAGACAGGACAGAUCAAACCCCCCCCGCCGCCAGCUGGCUGCAGGCGCGCUCCUCGCGCAAGAAGCGCUGCCCCUACUCCAAAUUCCAGACGCUGGAGCUGGAGAAGGAAUUUCUGUUCAACGCGUACCUGAGCCGCGAGCGGCGGCACGAGGUGGCGCGGCUGCUCAACCUCAGCGAGCGCCAGGUCAAGAUCUGGUUCCAGAACCGCCGCAUGAAGAUGAAGAAGAUGAACAAGGAGCAGGGAAAGGAGUGAGCGGGAAAAAAACAAAAAAAAAAGUGAAAAAAAGCGACCCCGGAAUCGGAAAAUAUCGAUUUUUCCCAAAAUCGGAAAAUCUCGAAUUUCUCAAAAUCCUCUCUCCAAUAAAAA